UCGAUGGAUAGCAUUUGUUAAACACUGACCCUGGGUCAGCCCAGCCUGCUCGGGCAGAAUGGUUCGAGGCCAAGCGUAAGGUUGGAUUUGCUGAUCCUAGAUCAACCAUUGAUGGCAUCGUCCACCUAGGGCAGCCACUGUCGUGAACCGACGUCGAAUGGUAGUGUGUUGUCCUCCUCCUGCAGGGUUUAUGGCUGUCGGUGGCGGGGACAAUUAGACGAGAGUUGUCGCCGUUUCUUCAUGUCGCUGCCACCGUCGCAACCGUGGGAGCCGUUAAUGAAAACAAGAGGCUGUGGGGGGGUGUCUGCAAUCCGAAACUGUUUGGGUUUCGCUCCGUAAAUAGGGAAUGAACGACGAGAAAACGCCGGGCAGCUUCAAGAGAAACUCUGGGUGUUCCAGUAUUGAGCAAAUGCUGGCCGUGAACCCGGGGAAAACGCCCAUAAGUCUGCUGCAGGAGUAUGGAACGCGGAUAGGCAAGACCCCGGUGUACGACCUGCUGAAGGCGGAGGGUCAGGCCCACCAACCCAACUUUACUUUCCGCGUGUCCGUGGGCGACAUAAGCUGCACCGGCCAGGGCCCGAGCAAAAAGGCCGCGAAGCACAAGGCAGCCGAAGCGGCCCUCAAGAUGAUGAAAGGAGGGCUGGGGGGAGCAGGAGGAGGCGGGGGUCUGGGAGGAGGCGGAGGAGAUGUAGGACUGGCUGGGGUGGAGGUGCCUGUUGAAGGGGGGAGCUCUCAUUCGGAGGUGAAGGUGUCCAGCUCCACGCAGCAAGCGGAAUGCAACCCUGUGGGAGCUCUGCAGGAGCUGGUGGUACAGAAAGGGUGGCGAUUGCCAGAGUACACCGUCACGCAGGAGUCGGGCCCAGCGCACCGGAAGGAGUUCACCAUGACCUGCCGCGUGGAGCGCUUCGUGGAGAUCGGCAGCGGCACGUCGAAGAAGCUGGCCAAGCGGAACGCUGCUGCUAAGAUGCUCUCUCGAAUCCACGACGUGCCGGUGGACCUGCGCAGCAGUCAUGAGGCCGAAGCCGAGGACGACACCUUCAACAUGCAGAUGGGGGGCAGGAUGGAGGGGGGUAAGAGUAAAGGUUUUGGCUGUACCUGGGACAGCCUGCGUAAUUCAGUGGGGGAGAAGAUCCUGCAGCUGCGCAGUCAUCCUCUGGGCAUGCCCAGUUCCAACUUCUGCUCCCUGCUGAGCGAGCUGUCUGAGGAGCAGCGCUUUGACGUCAGCUACCUGGACCUGGAGGAACGCAGCCUCAGUGGGCUGUGUCAGUGUUUGGUGGAGCUCUCCACCCAGCCAAUCACAGUCUGCCACGGCUUCGCGCCCAAUCUGGACGGGGCCCGCGCCAGCGCCGCCCACAAUGCAUUGCAGUACCUGAAGAUCAUGGCCGGGGGGAAGUGACUGCUCUCCGCCCCUCCGCGGACUUCCUGCCCCUUUCAGCGUCUGCCUGUCGCCUUGCCCUCACUUGGGUAGGAGGAAGUGACAUCACGCGAGUGGCUCCGCCCGCCCCACACUUCCGCUCUUCGCUUCCCUAAAAGGAGGACUUUGGGCGCAGACAUACCCGCCAGAAAAUCAGUGAAUGACCCUCUCCUCCUCCUCCCGUUCCCGCUGCUGUGCUGAAGCAGCAGGGGGCGCCCUCCCGCAGUUGUACCCCAUGUUUGAGAUGAGUGUGUUUGUGGACCCCGCCCACAGCAGAGGUGAGCUUUGAGGGACAUGAUUUUAAGCGAAUACAUUUCCCCCCUUCCUGAAAGACACACAUCACUUUCUCAUGUUUUUAAAACACUAUUUCAGUUUUAGUACAUCAUUUGGUUGCCUCAGACUGUUCGUGUGUGUUGAGGGAGGUUUUAGGUAUGUCCAGAAGCUUCUGUUAUCUGAUAAUUCUUCAUACAGUCUGUUGAUGUAACAUAGCUGAACAAGCUGCUUUGGAGUUACUUCACAUGAAUUUUCCUGCUUUGGUCUACAGAUACUAGAAUGCCCCUAUAGCAGCCACUGUAAAGCUGGCAGGCAUCGGAAACAUCUGUAAGUGUUUAAAACAUCCUUCAUCACACGCAAAAACUGUCCGAGCCAGUCCAGAACAUGCACUAAAUCUGAAACGGUACAUUUUUAAAAAACAUCAGUGAACUAUCCCAUUACCGGCCCCGAUCUCUGGUUAGGGAGUCCAGAUAUAACCAAUAUGUAAUAUUUAUAGAGCUGUAACAGAGCUCGUUUUAUUCUUCUUUUUUAAAGUAAUUACACAGGUCGUUUAUCUCCAUUUUAAGUGUUUAAGCAAGACCAUUGCCCCAAAAUGAUCUGGACUAAGACACUGAAUCCCGGAAGAAUGUUUUCUGCCCUUCAGUUAGCAUAGACCUGUCACCUGCUUUAACUCCUGAGUGAAUUUCUGCGAUUUUAGCUACUGAUUGAAUUUCUGAGAUUUUAACUCCUGAAUGAAUUUCUGAGAUUUUAAGCUCCUGAGUGAAUUUAAGUCACCCACUGGCUCAGGAGUCGGCAUACACUUCUCACCCUUUUUCUACUGGCUGCCAAUCGAAAGAAAACCUCAAAAUCCUUCAGACACAGCGCCCCCUCCAGGCCUGGAGUUAAACCUGCAGAUGCUGCGGCCCUCCAGGACUGGAGUUAAACCUGCGGACACUGUGCCUCA